CUGGAAGCAGAAGCGAGCGGCGUAGUGACGGAGGAAGAGAGGAAAAACUGGAGCAACGGCAAACCGGAGAGGAGAGAUAAGAUAUAGCCAGCUAGCAAGCAAAUGUGAUCCAUUUUUUUACAUUAUUGGCAGCUACACCUGAACACACCAAGCGUGUGGGCGUUAAAGGAGACAAACAUGAGCGCUGUAUAAAAGAGCUCUAUGGAACCUCGUUUUUCGCUCAGGAGAUAUAAAAUACAGUAUACUCAAUGCAAUAUUAACGUCAUCUCUUUCAAAUAAACAAAUCUAGCUAGCCAUCUAGCUAGCUAGCUAGCUGGUUAGCUGUUUGGAGAGGCAUCACUGCCGUAGCCAGCUAACGGAGGAUCGAAACAUAGAUCUGGCAUUAUCUAGCUAACUUAGCAAGCUAGCUAGAAACAGCACAGGCGCUGGCACCAGAGGCGAGGUGUUAAACGUUAGAAAAUCGCCGUGUUUGUGGCUUGGACCGGAGGAUUAGAGAGCCGGGAGACAAGGAGAAGGUGGGGCCGAAGAGAGUCGGAGAAUAAGACUAGCUAUCUAUUACAGGGCUAGUUGGCUAGGUAGCUAACUUGCUAAAUCACCGGUGGUCCUUUUUUGGGGAGAAUCUAGAGGAAGAAGGAAUUUUUCCGCCUAUUGGAAUUUGGGAAAACGUACAGAAAAAAACCCAUACCCAACACGAACAACAGAGAUACACAGAAGUGAUUCAUCUGGUCUGUUUGAAGUAUACCGUUUUGAAGGGAUAUCUGGGGGAUAAUUUCCCCGUUCCUGCUGGACCAUGGCUGACGACGACGUUCUGUUCGAAGAUGUGUACGAGUUGUGCGAGGUGAUCGGAAAGGGCCCUUUCAGCGUGGUGCGGAGAUGCAUCAACAGGGAGACCGGACAGCAGUUCGCUGUCAAAAUAGUGGAUGUGGCCAAGUUCACCUCCAGCCCUGGGCUCAGCACAGAGGAUCUGAAGAGGGAAGCCAGCAUCUGCCACAUGCUCAAACACCCGCACAUCGUCGAGCUGCUGGAGACGUACAGCUCGGAUGGAAUGCUCUACAUGGUCUUCGAGUUCAUGGACGGAGCAGACCUGUGCUUCGAGAUUGUGAAGAGGGCGGACGCUGGCUUCGUCUACAGUGAAGCAGUAGCCAGCCACUACAUGCGACAGAUCCUGGAGGCGCUACGCUAUUGCCACGACAACAACGUCAUCCACCGGGAUGUCAAGCCUCACUGUGUGCUGCUAGCAUCGAAGGAGAACUCUGCCCCUGUGAAGCUGGGGGGGUUUGGGGUGGCCAUUCAGCUGGGGGAGUCGGGACUGGUGGCAGGAGGGCGAGUGGGGACCCCCCACUUCAUGGCUCCGGAGGUGGUGAAGAGGGAGCCCUACGGGAAGCCGGUGGACGUGUGGGGCUGCGGGGUCAUCCUCUUCAUCCUGCUCAGCGGCUGCCUGCCCUUCUACGGCACCAAGGAGCGGCUCUUCGAGGCCAUCAUCAAGGGGAGAUACAAGAUGAACCCCCGGCAGUGGAGCCACAUCUCGGAGAGCGCCAAAGACCUGGUGCGCCGCAUGCUGAUGCUGGACCCCGCCGAGAGGAUCACCGUGUACGAGGCCCUCAACCACCCCUGGCUCAAGGAGAGAGACCGCUACUCAUACAAGAUCCACCUACCAGAGACAGUGGAGCAGCUGCGGAAGUUCAAUGCCAGGAGGAAGCUGAAGGGGGCGGUGCUAGCCGCUGUGUCCAGCCACAAGUUCAACUCCUUUUACGGAGACCCCCCAGAGGAGCUCCCUGACUUUUCAGAAGACCCCACCUCCUCAGGACUCCUAGCUGCAGAAAGGGCAGUGUCGCAGGUGCUGGACAGCCUGGAGGAGAUCCACGCGCUGACUGACUGCAGCGAGAAGGACCUGGACUUCCUGCACAGCGUCUUCCAGGACCAGCACCUCCACACCCUGCUGGACCUGUACGACAAGAUCAACACCAAGUCCUCCCCGCAGAUCAGGAACCCUCCGAGCGACGCCGUCCAAAGAGCCAAAGAGAAUUCCGCCGAAGAAGAAGAAAGCGCGGCUUUGAAACAUCUGGAAUAUGUGCUGGAAGAGAUUUCCUGCUACCCAGAGAACCCCGACGCCAAGGAGCUGAGGCGGAUCCUCACACAACCUCAUUUCAUGGCCUUGCUGCAGACCCACGACGUCGUGGCACACGAGGUGUACAGCGACGAGGCCCUGAGGGUCACCCCCCCGCCCACCUCGCCCUACCUGAACGGAGACUCGCCCGAGAGCGCCAACGGCGACAUGGACCUGGAGAACGUCACCCGGGUGCGGCUGGUGCAGUUCCAGAAGAACACGGACGAGCCCAUGGGCAUCACUCUGAAGAUGAACGACCUAAACCACUGCAUCGUGGCCAGAAUAAUGCACGGGGGCAUGAUCCACAGACAAGGAACGCUGCACGUCGGGGACGAGAUCCGAGAAAUCAACGGGAUCAGCGUCGCCAACCAGACGGUGGAGCAGCUACAGAAGAUGCUGAGGGAGAUGAGGGGCAGCAUCACGUUCAAGAUCGUGCCGAGCUACCGGACGCAGUCCUCGUCCUGUGAGAAAGAGUCCCCCUCCACCUCCAGACAGUCCCCCGCUAACGGCCACGCCAGCAUUAACAGUUCUAUCUUGGACCUGCCGUCUACUAUCCAGCCGAAAGGACGACAGAUCUCCAGGCCUACAAUCAAGGAUAAAAUGUCACACAAGAUCUUCGUCAGAGCGCAGUUUGAGUACGACCCCGCCAAGGACGACCUCAUCCCCUGCAAAGAGGCGGGCAUCCGCUUCCGGGUGGGCGACAUCAUCCAGAUCAUCAGCAAGGACGACCACAACUGGUGGCAGGGCAAGCUGGAGAACACCAAGAACGGCACCGCGGGACUCAUCCCCUCCCCGGAGCUGCAGGAGUGGCGCGUUGCCUGUAUAGCCAUGGAGAAAACUAAGCAGGAGCAGCAGGCCAGCUGUACCUGGUUUGGCAAGAAGAAGAAACAGUAUAAAGACAAAUACCUAGCAAAGCACAAUGCAGUGUUCGAUCAACUAGACCUCGUCACGUACGAAGAAGUAGUGAAACUGCCGGCGUUCAAGAGGAAAACGCUGGUCUUAUUAGGUGCUCACGGUGUUGGCAGACGACACAUCAAAAACACGCUCAUCACGAAGCACCCCGACAGAUUCGCCUACCCCAUUCCACACACGACCAGACCUCCAAAGAAGGACGAGGAGAACGGCAAGAACUACUACUUCGUGUCACACGAGCAGAUGAUGCAGGACAUCUCCAACAACGAUUACCUGGAGUACGGCAGCCACGAGGACGCCAUGUACGGCACCCGGCUGGAGACCAUCCGCAAGAUCCACGAGCAGGGCCUCAUCUCCAUCCUGGACGUGGAGCCGCAGGCCUUGAAAGUUCUGCGUACAGCUGAGUUUGCGCCCUACGUCGUCUUCAUCGCCGCGCCGACCAUCACCCCCGGCAUCAAUGAGGACGAGUCCCUCCAGAGGCUGCAGAAGGAGUCGGAGAUCCUGCAGAAGACGUACGCGCACUACUUCGACCAGACCAUCAUCAACAACGAGAUCGACGAGACCAUCAGAUUCCUGGAGGAGGCCAUCGACCUGGUGGGCACGAUGGCCCAGUGGGUGCCGGUCUCCUGGGUGUACUAGGCCCCGCCCCUUUCAUCGGCCAGCCCUGCCCCCCA